AUGGAGGUAGGCUCGCUGGAAGAGGACUAUUUGCUGAAGGUAACGCGUGAUAACACCCAGUUUCUUAUCAACCACUUGUUUGAACUUCCCACAGAAAACACGGACGUAGGUCCGGUCGCCACUCUUCCGGCGCGUGUGAGCCGAAUUCCUCGAGAAAAGCCCAUUCCGAAGAAGGAGGAGACAAAGUGGGAGAAGUUUGCUCGCAAAAACGGAAUCAAGAAACAUAAGAGAGAACGAAUGGUGUACGACAAAGAUGCAAAGGAAUGGCGACCUCGCUGGGGUUACAAGGUGGAUUUUAUUUGUUGUGUCGUUUAUUUGUAG